UAGUGUAAAGAGUGGCCAAAAUGUAUGCUCAAUCUUUCCACAUAUCAAUGAUGGCCAUUACUCCCUCUUUCCAGCUCCUUUUCUCUCUCCUCUUCUUCUUCAGUCUUUUUCUUCUCUCACUGAAUGCUGCUGCUGCGGCCCCUCCAUCUUCUCCAAAGAUCGGUAAUGGCUACCGUCUCAUCUCCAUCCAACCCUCGCCGGACGGUUCCGGCCUUCUCGGUCUCCUUCAAGUCAACAACCAAAACAAUAUCUACGGCUCCGAUAUCCCUAAUUUGAAGCUCUACGUCAAACACGAAACCAACGACAGAUUAAGGGUCCACAUCACCGACGCAGAUAAACCAAGAUGGGAAGUUCCGUACGACCUCCUUCCCCGACAACGUCCUCCUCCAUUGAAGAAAAAGAUGAUCGGCGGGAAGACGAAGAUUCCGAUAUCAUCUUCGUCUGAGCUUAUAUUCAGUUACGUCGCGGACCCAUUUGGUUUUUCCGUGGAGAGGAGAUCAAACGGUCAAGUUCUGUUCAAUUCGAGUGCGGAACAAUCCGACCCAUAUAAUAAUCUAGUGUUUAAAGAUCAAUAUCUUGAGUUAUCCACAAGAUUACCCGUCAAUGCUUCUCUUUACGGCCUUGGAGAGAACACUCAACCUCAUGGGAUUAAACUGUAUCCAAACGACCCAUAUACUCUUUACACAACGGAUGUAUCCGCCAUUAAUCUUAACACGGAUUUGUACGGGUCACAUCCUGUGUAUAUGGAUUUGAGGAUGGUGGAAAAUUACGCAUUUGCCCAUGCCGUUUUACUUUUGAAUAGUAAUGGUAUGGAUAUUUUCUAUAGAGGAAACUCAUUAACGUAUAAGGUUAUUGGGGGUGUUUUGGACCUUUACUUUUUAUCUGGUCCCACUCCUCUGGAUGUCGUUGAUCAGUAUACUUCCUUAAUCGGCAGACCUGCCCCAAUGCCUUACUGGUCACUGGGUUUUCAUCAAUGUAGAUGGGGAUACCAUAAUCUAUCGGUUGUUGAAGACGUGGUGGAGAAUUACAAGAAUGCAAAGAUCCCACUCGAUGUAAUUUGGAACGAUGAUGAUCAUAUGGAUGGUCACAAGGAUUUCACUCUCAACCCGAUCAACUACCCACGCCCGAAUCUAUUAGCUUUUCUAGAAAAGAUUCAUUCUCGAGGGAUGAAGUACAUUGUCCUUAUCGAUCCCGGAAUCGGAGUCAAUAACACAUACGGUGUCUACCAAAGGGGAAUCGCUAACGACGUAUUCAUCAAGUACGAAGGAAAGCCUUAUUUAGCUCAAGUUUGGCCGGGAGCAGUCAAUUUCCCUGAUUUCCUCAACCCAAAAACGGUUGAUUGGUGGGGAGAAGAAAUCAACCGUUUUCACGACCUAGUCCCUGUUGACGGUCUUUGGAUAGACAUGAACGAGGCUUCAAAUUUUUGUACCGGUUUAUGUACCCUCCCCGAAGGGAGACAAUGUCCGACUGGCUCUGGCCCUGGUUGGAUUUGUUGUUUGGAUUGUAAGAACAUAACGAAUACGCGAUGGGACGACCCACCUUAUAAGAUAAACGCGUCGGGCUCUCAAGUCCCGAUAGGUUACAAAACUAUAGCGACUAGCGCCACCCAUUAUAAUGGAGUGCUUGAAUACAAUGCUCAUAGUAUUUACGGGUUUUCACAAUCUGUCGCCACUCAUAAAGCCUUACUCGGGAUCGCGGGUAAACGUCCGUUCAUAUUGACUCGUUCCACGUUCGUUGGGUCGGGAAAAUAUGCUGCACAUUGGACGGGGGAUAACAAGGGGACUUGGGAAGAUUUAAAGUAUUCCAUCUCCACGAUGCUCAAUUUCGGUAUCUUCGGCGUACCGAUGGUGGGAUCGGAUAUAUGUGGUUUCUAUCCAGCUCCGACUGAAGAGCUUUGCAACCGUUGGAUCGAGGUUGGCGCUUUCUACCCGUUUUCGAGAGAUCAUGCGAACUUUUACUCGCCGAGACAAGAGCUUUAUCAAUGGGAAACCGUGGCCGAGUCGGCUAGAAACGCGUUGGGCAUGAGGUAUAAGCUUCUCCCGUAUUUAUACACGUUAAGCUACGAAGCCCACAUGACCGGCGCCCCAAUCGCGAGACCCCUGUUCUUCUCAUUCCCGAAUGCAAUCGAAGUUCAUGGUUUGAGCACGCAAUUUCUUCUUGGGAAGGGCUUGAUGAUUUCCCCUGUUCUCGACGAGGGUAAAACGACGGUCUCAGCUUUGUUCCCUCCGGGGACGUGGUACAACCUUUUCGACAUGAGUCAGGCUAUAACGACGAAACAAUCGCGAUACCUCACGUUGGACGCUCCUCUCAACGCGAUCAACGUCCAUUUAUACGAGAACACGAUCCUCCCGAUGCAGAGAGGCGGGACAAUCUCGAGAGAGGCGAGAACAACGCCUUUUAGUAUCGUCGUGGCUUUCCCUUCGGGUGCUGUCGCUGGUGAAGCGAAGGGAAAUCUUUAUCUAGACGAGGAUGAGCUGCCGGAGAUGAGAUUAGGGAAUGGGUACUCAACUUACGUUGAUUUCUACGCUGGUGUUGAUGAUGGUGGGGCGGUGAAGAUAUGGUCGGAGGUUACGGAGAGUAAGUACGCGUUGGAGAAUGGUUGGAUAAUCGAGAAGGUGACCGUGUUAGGGUUGAAGGGGAUCGGAGGUUCGGUCUCGCUUGAGAUCGAUGGUGAGGAAGUUUUGGACACAUCGAAGUUAACGUUUAACGAAACAGAGAUGAAGUUCCCGCAUGAUGUUGAAGAAGGUGGUGAGGGUAAUAAGGUGAAGAGUAUGAUGGUUGAGGUAAAAGGGUUGGAGUUACCGUUGGGUAAGAAGUUUAAAAUGUCAUGGAAAAUGGGCAUCAAAGGAUGAAAAAAGAUUUGUUCUUGCCAUUCUCCAUUGCACAUGUCAUUGAAAUUAUUCCUUUUAAUGUCUUAUGUUUUAUGUCUUUCAGUGAUAAUAAAUAUUUAUCCUAGCUAGCUUCUCUUAUUUUGAGUUUA